GUGGUUCCCCUGCCAGGAUGAAGAUUUUGUGCAGCUACUUAUUUUUUGCAAUAUGUUGCUGGCAAGCGCCGGCCGAGAGAGCCUUCUUCUUCCAGCCCAACAACGAACUCGUGACGACCUCCCUGGCGUUGCUGAAGCUGGACAGGGGCUCCGAAGUGAUGAGUGAACUGACGGUGUGCACGUGGCUCCAGGUUCAUCACUUCAGGGAGAAGACCUACGUGUUCUCCUACGCGACCUCGGAUCGAGACAACAACGAACUGAAUAUGGGGAUAAGUACGUUUGUUGUGGGGAUGGAUUGUGUGGAUGUACGUUCUUGCGUGCCUACACAUUGUGUUCAAGAUGCUGUUAAUGACUUAACAUCACAAAUUCACCUUGCAGCAGAAGCAUCAAUCCCCAAAGGUACCGUCAACCUCCAUAGCACUGCAGCAGUACUUCCAGAACUUCCAUUUUUGCGCAAGGAGAUGGACUCUGUUUUGCAGCACUGA